UACAAGAGGCAGACAUAUGUGCUCUGCUACGGGGGCUAAGCUUAAGGGAACAUGCUGUGUAAUGUACACCACCUGUGUGCUGGCUGGCUGCGGUAUUACUGUGGCUACAGUCGCUACGACAGGCUCAACACGGGUCAUUUGCAUACUUUAUGGCUGCAGGUAGAGGCAGAUAGCAACUCUGAGAGGCGGGCAGGCAGCGUGAGAGAGUAAGGGAUGAUCAAAAACGUGACUGUGAGUCAUAAGGGCCCGCAGUUAAAACCGAUCCAAUCCAUCUCUAGGCCCUGAAGAUGUGCUGAUGGGUGAAAGGCACACAGCUCCCAGGGUUUAUUAAGUGGGCCAGUUGCCAUAGCGACGCUUUGGCAGGAUAUUGCCAGGAUAAGCCGUAAUGGGUCUCCUGACGCAGUUCACUCUGCUCCUGUGGAAGAACUUCACUCUCCGGAAGAGACAAAAGGUGCGGCUGGUGGUUGAAAUAGUGUGGCCUCUGUUCCUCUUCAUCAUACUGGUGUCGGUGCGAUCCACCAAUAAGCCAAUUUACAAAGGCCAAUGUCACUAUCCAAACAAAGCCAUGCCCUCGGCUGGCAUGCUGCCCUGGAUUCAAGGCAUGAUGUGUAACAUGGACAAUCCCUGUAUGAGCUAUCCAACGCCAGGGGAGGCACCAGGCCAAGUCAAUAACUUUGAGAACUCCGUAAUUUCUCAGGUGCUGGUCGAGCUACAAACCACCCUGGUGGAUGGAUCUAUUCUCACCAAAGUACAGUCACUAUCAGACACUGUCGACCUUUGGUCUUCAAUCCUGUCACAGUCUGACCCUGCUAAUGCUCCAUUGGUCAUCUUAAGGAGCGUUCUGAGAGAUGAUGAAAGUUUCUCCACACAUCUGGAAGAGGAUUUAUCAGUGCCACCAGCAGUGAUCCAAAGCCUCAUGAAUGCAGAGAUUCUACUCAGUCCAGUGAUGGACACGCCACGGCCAAGCAACCUGAGGCGCAUCCUGUGCGAGGGGACAGAUCUGGAUGAGUAUGUCCAAUUUAGCAGCCAAGCCGAAAAGGAGGCUUUUCAAAAUGUCAGCUGCUCCCUCAGUCCGCAGCAGCUGAUUAACACCCAGCAAGUACUUCUGCAGAACCUGGAUGGAAGGAAAGUGUUUUCUACGCUACCAUCAGCUUUGGACUUAAAUUCCACAGACAUGGUGACGCUAAUGAGGAAAACCACCCAGGAUGCAUUUCAAGUGUUUGAAGAGGUUUCAAGGUUGCAGAACUCCAUGAUCUUUAAGGCUGCCAGCUCACUGGAUUUCCAAGAGGACAUGAUUGGCAGUAUCAGUAUGCUACUGUGUGGAAGGGAGGCCGACUUCAAUUCCACCAAUAUGACCCUGGGUUUAUCCUCACCUAGACAGAUGGCUAACAACAAGUCAAUUUCCAUUAUGCGCAACAGUUCCGGUGACUUUUGUCAGACUCUCAUCGACACCCUGGAGAGCUCAAGCAGUCUGCGCUAUGUGUGGAGCGCCAUCAAGCCGUUGAUGCUCGGGAGAGUCGUCUACACACCCGACACACCCGCUGCCCGGCUGCUGGUCACAGAAGCUAAUAGCACGUUUGACGCCUUGGCGAAGAUAAAGGAGCUCGUUGAUUCUUGGGACGAACUUGGGCCACGUGUCUGGGAUUUCUUUCAAAACAGCACUCAGAUCAAUACAAUGCGGGCUUUGCUUGCUAAUCCUGUCUUCGCCGCUGCCCUCGACGAGCGUCUUAACGGCACCGGAUUGACCGCUGAGAUGCUCCGCAACUUCUUGUACAACGGGCCCCCAGAAGAUCGGCCGCCCGGAGCUCCGCCUUCCGACUGGAGGGAUGCUUACAACAGCAUCACCCAAAUCCUGCAGCCUUCCUCCAAGUUCCUCAGCUGUUUCGAUCUGAAUAAGUUCGAGGCAGCCCCCACUGAAGGCCUUCUGGUGACCAGAGCCUUGGAUCUGCUGGAAAAUGAUACGUUCUGGGCUGGUUUUGUCUUUGAAAACCUGCAGGAAAACUCCAGCGACAUCCCUCCUUACGUCAAGUACAAAAUCCGCAUGGACAUCGAUGAGGUGGAGCGAACCAACAAAAUAAAAGAAAGGUUAUGGUCUCCCGGAGCCCGAGACAACUCCGCUAGCGACCUGCGCUAUAUAUGGGGCGGCUUUGCCUACCUGCAAGAUAUGAUGGAUCAUGGCAUUAUACGAGCGCAAACGUCCAAGACCCAACCACUCGGUGUUUUUGCCCAACAAAUGCCGUAUCCGUGCUACGUGGACGACGUCUUCAUACAGAGCAUUGGAACCAUGCUCCCCAUGUUCCUGGUGCUGGCCUUCAUGUACACUGUGAGCAUGACUAUCAAGAGUCUGGUGCUGGAGAAAGAACUUCGGCUCAAGGAGGUGCUUCGUGCCGUUGGCUUUCAAAACGGUGCCCUUUGGUCCGCGAGGUUUGCAGAGAACAUUGUCCUGCUCACGAUUCCCUGUGCGCUCAUAAGUGUCAUGGUUAAGUACGGCAACGUCCUGCAGUACAGCGACCCCUCGGUGAUCUUCGUCUUCCUGCUGGUGUUCUGCCUGGCCACCGUCACUGAGUGCUUCUUCAUUAGCGUCUUCUUCUCUAAGGCCAACUUAGCAGCGGCGUGCGGCGGCCUCAUCUACUUCGUCCUCUACCUGCCUCACGUCCUCUGCUACGCCUGGAGCGACGUCAUGGGUUUCCCGGCCAAGGUCGCCGUGAGUUUACUAUCCUGUGUGGCCUUUGGUUACGGCUGCGAAACCUUUGCGAAGUACGAGGAGCAAGGCAUCGGCAUCCAGUGGCACAACAUCAACCAGAGUCCGGAGGAAGGGGAACGCUACACCUUCGUCAUCUCCAUCGUCAUGAUGCUGGCCGAUGCCGUUAUACACUGGCUGCUCACCUGGUACAUCGAGAACGUCUUCCCAGGCCAGUAUGGAAUCCCCAAGCCGUGGUACUUCCCUUUCACUAAAUCUUAUUGGUGUGGGACGGUACCGGUGACUGACGAAAACCCAGAUUUGCUGAAAGACUCCACUGAAUAUAACGAAUAUCUGGAGAAACCGCCGCCUAAUAUGAAAGCAGGGGUCUCGGUGCGCAAUCUCGUCAAGAUCUACAAGACCGGAAAGAAGCUGGCUGUGGAUGGGUUGAGCGUGGACUUCUUCGAGAGCCAGAUCACAUCUUUCCUCGGCCACAACGGAGCCGGGAAAACCACCACCAUGUCCAUUCUGACUGGACUUUUCCCUCCGACGUCAGGAACAGCCUUCAUCAACGGAUACGACAUCUGCACCGACAUGGACAGGAUCAGGAAAUAUUUGGGAAUGUGUCCGCAGCACAACGUCUUGUUCAAUGAGCUGACGGUGGAGGAGCACAUUUACUUCUACGCCCGGCUGAAAGGACGCAGCCGCGAUGAGGUUAAAAUGGAGAUGGACCAGAUGAUUGAGGACGUCGGUUUGCCGCACAAGCGCAAGGAUCUCGCUAAGAACCUGUCAGGUGGGAUGCAGAGGAAGCUGUCCGUGGCCAUAGCGUUUGUUGGCGGCUCCAAAAUCGUCAUCUUAGAUGAACCUACAGCAGGAGUGGAUCCCUACGCCCGCAGGGGGAUCUGGGAACUGUUGUUAAAGUACAAACAAGGUCGAACCAUUAUUCUGUCCACGCACCACAUGGACGAAGCCGACAUCUUGGGCGAUCGAAUUGCCAUCAUCUCCCACGGAAAGAUGCGAUGCUGUGGCUCCUCGCUCUUCCUGAAGAAAUGUUUCGGCAGCGGCUACUACCUCACUCUGGUCAGAGAUGGAACUGAAAAGAUGGCAGCCCAGCGUAGCGGCAUGAUUCAGGCCAAAAAGGGGCGACGGGAGAGAGACUGUCCUUCCAACAGCAGCCUUGAUGAAGGAAUCAGCAGCCAAACCUGGAGCAACUCUGAUCCCUCAGAUUUGACGGCCUUGGGUGAACUGCUGCGUCACCACGUCCCCGAGGCGGUUUUCCUGGAGAGCAUCGGUCAGGAGAUCACCUACAUCCUGCCCUACGGUGGAGCCAGAGACGGGACCUUUGCCCGCCUCUUCCAAGAUCUCGACCGAGCCAUGAAUGACCUCGGCCUGACCAGCUACGGCAUCUCCGACACCACGCUGGAGGAGAUUUUCCUGAAAGUGGCAGAAGACAGCGGAGUGGAUGCAGAGAUAUCAUCAACAAAGGAGCUGUUGGUGAAAGAAAGAAGCGAAUCCAAGAGGAGGAGAAGCAGAAGCAGCAGCAGCAGCAGCAUCGCCAGCGUCCGAACCAAAACUGAACAAAUCAAUGGAAUGACUGAUUCGAAGGAAAAGUUCUCGAGUAAAGUGGGAGACCUAAAGAAGAACGGCAGCCUCAGCGGGAGGGGAUCCACGGUCAUCACCGGGUGGAAGCUGAUCAGAAGGCAGUUCCUGGCACUUUUUAUCAAGCGCUUCCACCACGCCCGAAGGAGCCGCAAGGGACUCAUUGCCCAGGUGGUCUUGCCUGCUGUUUUUGUGUGCCUGUCUCUGAUCUUCUCCCUCAUCGUCCCGCCGUUCACUGAAUAUCCAAGUCUGGAGCUGCAGCCGUGGAUGUACGAUCUGCCUCAAACCACCUUUUAUAGCAACGAUCUGCCAGAAAGUGUGGAGGUGUCCCAGGUGGUGGAAACCUUGCUGAACAACCCUGGAUUUGGGACGCGCUGCAUGAACGGCGACCCUAUACCGAAUCUACCUUGUACCAACAGUCGCUCUGAUUGGUUCACUCCCCCUGUGGACCAGUCGGUCACUGACAUCUUCCUCAACGGGAACUGGAACAUGUCGAACCCGUCGCCGCCCUGCCAGUGCAGCACUCCUCAGCGGACCUUCAUGUUGCCUGAGUGUCCGCUUGGUGCAGGAGGCCUCCCGCCGCCGCAGAGGGUACAGAACACAACAGACACUAUACUGAAUUUAACUGGACGCAACAUGACAGACUUCUUGAUCAAGACUUUUGAGGACUCUGGUAAAAGAAGGUAUGGAGGGAUCUCUGUUGGAGAAAUCAACUCCCAAGUCCGUCUCAACGACACAGAGAUCGAAGCCGUAUUCAGAGAUCUGAAAGACCUGUUCAGUUCGUUUCGGGAUAAUGUGACUGAUCAGAUUUUCCAGAAGGCUGAGACGGUGCUGAAGAGGCUGGGAACCAGGGAAAACGUCAAGGUGUGGUUCUACAACGAGGCUUGGCACAGCAUGGUGUCCUUCCUCGACGUGGCCAACAACGGCAUCCUGAGAGGUAAUCUGCCAGCAGGACAGGAUCUACGGGAGUACGGCAUCUCCAUCUCCAAUCACCCCCUCAACCUGACCAAGGAGCAGCUCUCCAACGCCGCCCUGGCCACGACCUCGACCAACGUGGUGGUGUCCAUCUGCGUCAUCUUUGCCAUGUCCUUCAUCCCUGCCAGCUUUGUCCUCUUCCUCAUCCAGGAGAGGGUGAACAAAGCCAAGCAUCUGCAAUUUGUCAGUGGAGUCAACCCAACUGUCUACUGGUUGGCCAAUUUUGCCUGGGACAUAUGUAACUACAUCGUCCCCUGUUUGAUUGUGAUUGUGAUCUUCUUGUGCUUCCAACAAAAAGCCUACGUCUCCCUUCCGAACCUGCCCGCUUUGAUCCUGCUGCUUGUUUUUUAUGGGUGGGCCGUCACCCCCAUGAUGUAUCCGGCCUCUUUCAUCUUCAGCGUUCCCAGCACUGCUUACGUAGUGCUCACCUGCAUCAACCUGUUCAUCGGCAUCAACGGCAGCAUCGCCACCUUCGUCAUGGAGCUCUUCGACGAUGAUAAUGUCGCCCGCAUCAACGACAUCGUGAAGCAGGUGCUGCUGAUUUUCCCACAUUUCUGUCUGGGCAGAGGGCUCAUCGACAUGGCCACUAACCAGGCGAUGGCAGACCUCUACAGCAGUUUUGGAGAAGACCGUUUCCAGGACCCACUGAGUUGGAACAUGGUGGGGAAAAACCUUUGUGCCAUGACCAUCCAGGGAUUUGUCAUGUUCGCCAUCACAAUCCUCAUCCAGUACAAGUUUUUCUGCAAACCACGGCUUGUUUCAGCAAAGCCGCUGGCUGCGGAGGAAGAGGACAUCGACGUCGCCCGCGAACGGAAGCGGAUUUAUGACGGCAAAGCCCAGAAUGACCUCUUGAGGAUCUGUGACCUCACUAAGGUAUACCCUCGGAAGAGCACCCCUGCUGUGGACAGGCUAUGUGUGGGCGUACCUGCCGCAGAGUGCUUCGGCUUGCUGGGAAUCAACGGCGCUGGGAAAACCACCACGUUCAAGAUGCUGACAGGAGACAUACCGGUCUCCAGCGGAGAGGCCUUCCUAAAUGGAUACAGCAUACGGACAGAAAUGAGGGACGUCCACCAGAACUUGGGCUACUGUCCCCAGUUUGAUGCCAUUGAUGAGCUGCUGACUGGACGGGAGCAUCUCGAGUUUUACGCCCGAUUACGAGGGGUACCGGAAAAGGAGGUUGCCAUGGUGGCUGAAUGGGGGAUCCAGAAGUUGGGUUUGGUCAAAUACUCCACCAAGUCUGCAGGAACCUACAGCGGUGGGAACAAACGCAAACUUUCCACAGCGAUGGCCCUCAUCGGUUCUCCUCCUGUGAUAUUUCUGGACGAGCCGACCACCGGGAUGGACCCCAAAGCGCGACGCUUCCUGUGGGACUGCAUCCUGAGCAUCAUCAAAGAGGGACGCUCGGUCAUCCUCACAUCACACAGUAUGGAGGAGUGUGAAGCCUUGUGCACACGCAUGGCCAUCAUGGUAAACGGACGCUUCAAGUGCCUCGGGAGCAUCCAGCAUCUGAAGAGCAGAUUCGGUGACGGCUACACGGUGAUCGUGAGGGUCGGCGGUUCACAUCCUGCGCUGAAACCAGUCGAGGAGUUUCUCCGGGUCAACUUUCCAGGCAGCGUUUUGAAGGAGAAGCAUCACAACACUCUGCAGUAUCAGCUGCCGUACGCACCGGGAGCUUUGACCAGCAUCUUCAACCUGUUCACCAGCCAUCAGCGGAGGCUCCGCAUCGAGGACUACUCGGUGUCCCAGACCACCCUGGAUCAGGUCUUUGUGAAUUUUGCGAGGCAGCAGCACGGGGAGGAGGAGGACGACGCCUCUCAGGCCUACAGUAACCCGGUGGACAUUUCAGAUGAGCUGCCGCUGGAGUCUGUGAGGACCACCAGAGGAACUGAGGUGUGAUGCCCAGAGGAAAAUGCAUUGCACUCAACCGCAGAUCCGCAAUAUACCUUGAACAGUUUGGAAUGAGUCUGAUCUGCCGGAUAACAAGAGUGAACUCUUACACAGGACAAAAAGCAGCAUUUGGCUUUAUUGAUAGAAAAAAAAAUAUGAAUUUAGUGUACAAACAGGACAUGAUUAGCUGUAAUUCAACAUCACAGAAGGAGGUUUGUGCAGAGAUGAAUGGAAAAUGCAUCUAAAAUGAAUAUUUUCUAUAUUCCUGACAUGAUAACCCAGAAUAUUGUGCCUCAGUCGGUCUUUCAAACUUGUUCACUCCCCAAACACACCAAGGCCGAUGCAGCAACAGCACAUACAUUUUUGCAUUGUUCCCCUGUCUAAGUUUAACCAUCUGCAACAUGAUUAAUUUAAACCUGUUUAGCCCUCCGAACUCCAAGCAUUUUUUGGUGAUUAUAGCUUUCCCCUGCAAUAUAAAGUCCUGCACCGCUAUGAAAACAGCACAACUAUGAAUAGAAGCAAAGAGACCUCAAAAGUGUCAUGUCUGCUGCAAAUCAAAUCUAAAAGGCCAUAAAUCAUUAAGAAAAAGUUACAUUUCUUAGAUUUUUUUUUACAAUUUCAAAAGAAGUACCCACAAAAACUGAUAACACCUACAAAAAAAAUGUACUUCCUGCAUUUCAUUUUGGCUGGUCUCCUAUCUGCUCUAUAUCAACACAGCCUGCAGUUCAGCCUAAACUGACAACAAAAAUGAAUUUUUGUCAGCUGUUGGUCACAGCUGAGUCACUAAUGGCUUCACGAUUACACCGAAGAGCACAGAUUUUUUUUUUUAGUUUUUUACAGAUUCUAGUUAGCACAAAUGGUCUAUUUUUGGCAUUUUUUUCAAAAUGAAAUAUUUAGAAUAAAGUGACUUUGAUGAAAUGUCUGAUGAUUUUAAGCUUCCAGUGGAAAAGGAUAUCACAGAUGGGUAGUUCAAGGAGUGUUAAGAAGCCGAAAAUCUAACGAUAACUUCUGGUUUUACCGUUUCUGGUUCUGAUGAAUGUAAAUGUGCUAUAUUUUUAGCGACAAGUUGCCACGCUUAAAUGUCGUUAGCGUGAUUGUCCAUAUCUGCAUGAGUGAUUUUGUUUCCCUUGUUUAGUUUGUACACUAACCAAUUAAUCAAAAUGGGAGUUUUCUUGACUGUUGACUUUUCUUGUCAAAAAGCCAAACUUUCUAUGACAAAAAUCAGCAUCACUGCCAAGAAUGACUUGACGAGAGAAGAUUUCUGCAGCUCCGUUCAAGGUUGUGUGAGGAUAUAUUGCUGAUCAUGUUUUACCUCAGCGACGGUGUAAGGGCCAAAUCAUUCCCUAUGAGCGUUGCACAUUGCACAGCACUGAAAAUACCUCAGGCUUUACCUUCAAAUUAAUUAUAUUUAACACUUUAACCGUUUUUUUACAUUGGCUAUUGAUUCUAAUGAUAUGUUGAACUCUAUCACUUUGUAAAAGUUCUCAUUGUCAACUUACUACUGCUGAAAGAGGUCUCAACGUUUAGAGAUUUAUGAAGGACUCCAGCAAGCAAUGCAAGAAUCAACAAAUGGUCUAUUUCAGCCUCGUGUUGUGUUCGCUCACAUGCACUCUACUGAUUGCUGCGGCACAGAAACAGUUAAUAACAACUCUGUCAGAUGUGUUUGCUUUGAAUGUCUGAAUGAGCCUCCAAUUAGCUGUAGAUGGUGUUCGGUGACAGACACCAGGGUUACAGUGGUGGGCCACUGCAGAGUCAGAGUCAACCAGCUGUCAAACAUGUUGAGGCUGAAAGAAAGGCAAGUGUACAUGGACACAAUUCCUGAGAAUCACCAAUGAAUGUGUAAGUAAGAACACAUACACAUUUUAUAAGUGUUGAAAUGCCAUGCCUUGUAAAAUCGUUAUAUUGUACUGAUCAGUUUUCCUUUCACAAUCUUUGUCAUAGUGCUGAUAUUGGUGCUUUUGUUAAGCCUUUUCCACCUAUCAAUGGCAGCACUUCAGAAUAUACAAUAGCACUAGCUCUCAACUGAAUACAGUCUUUCACAAUGUGCCUUCUAAACAACUUGUAACUGAAAAGCUUUUUAGAACCAGUGAAGAUCCUGCUUUGCAACAUGUUUUAUUUGUAAUAAGAAGUUGUGUUUGCUGUUUUGAGUUAUUGUAACAUACAAAGCAAUUUAUUGGGACCGAAUAUUUGCUAAACUCCUGCCGUCUUAGUUACUGUUGCUAUACCUAACAGAUAUCUACUUUACAUUGAUACAACUGGCAGAUUUACCACAAGCAUUAGUCCAACAAGCACCGUCUACAACAGAUCUAACAGGUAUAGUGAGCUAGCUACAUAAGUGCAUAAUAGCUCAGAAGUAAACUCGCAAGUAAAUACUGUAAGCAAGUUUCUAUUUCAUUUUUCGUAUUUAUUAUUGUGUUUUGUUUUUCCCCCUGGUUUUACACACUGCUUUCCAACCUAUUUAUUUACCAACUUCCCUUACUGUUUAUAUGAUGUUAGCAUGUGGGAAAAUGCUAAACUUGGCAGGUGUGUAGUAACAAAGCUUUUUAUUGUUUGUGGGAGGAGUUUAGUAAAUGAUCAACCAAAAUGUUUGCUUUUGUUUCAUUCAUUUUUAAUUUGAAUUGAAUUACAACAUGUCUGCAAAACGUACAACUAUGGUGUCACAGACUUUGGAGAAACUCGAUUCAGAAUGAGGGAUGUUCCGAUCAAAUUUCAAUUUCCAAUUUUUUUUAAAUCGAUUGGUAAAAACAGGAACCAAAGCCCAGUCCUUAGUUUACAUCCACUGCCAGACAGAUGCCAUAAAGCAAGAGCAAGACAGUGGAGGUUGUUAAUCAUAAAUAAUCAAACUCCGUUUGACUUAAGCAUGUUAGCUCCAUUCAGGGUUUAUUAAGCAUCACAGAACUCUUUGUCAUGAUCUCCAUUGCUAGCUAAACCCCCACAAUCCUCUUUGCUUGCCAACAUGAAGUGCUGGUCGCCCAAGUGACUGCCUUCUCUUUAUGGCAACAAUACUAAACAGUAAGUGGCUCCACCUGGUGGCACAACCAGGUAUUACACCUAAUCUUCAACACAUUUUCUGACAGAUGUAGAGACACAAUCAAAUCCAUUUUUUUCUGUCUUUUAAAGCUUGUGGAGUCACCUGCUCCACGCUACAUUUCAGAAAGUGUUCCAUCAGAGGUUUACACAAAGGUUCCUGAUAACCUGUGUAACAGCUGGAGACAGAAAUGCACCAUUUUCUUCAUGUACUGCAGAAAUGCAUUGUGGUUCAGUGCAUAUAGUAUCAGUUUGGGAUGAAAAGUUAAAGUAAUUGGGGAUAUAUGAAAAAAAAAAAAGGUUGAUCUGGACAUCCCUAUUCAAAACUGUAAAUAUCUGCGCUGUAUCCAAGACAAACUGUCACUCAGGGAUGUUUUAUGUGCUGUUAAGGUUCAGAAAUAUUUACAUGCUGCCAUCGUCAUUGUUUGUAUGGUGUCAUUUGCAUUCUGUCCUGCUCAUGAUUGGAAAACAGUCAAUGUCCAAGCAACAUACUCUUGUGCAGCCUCCAUUACUGGGCACUCCUUUGUUCAGAAUUUAAAUAAUGCCCCUAUUCAGUCAUCACAGGCACUUUCAGAGCUUGACAUCAUUUGUAUGCUGCGCUGAGUCCUCACAUUACUAUCACGCCUGCUGUAAAGAAUAAUGAAUCCUAUUUGCACUAAAUAUUGCUUUAUGCCAAGACAAGUGAUUAAACAUUUGCACAAAUUGUAAUGCGACUUAAUGUUUGUACAUGGCUGUGUUUGUCCAGUGAAUGAUUGGGCUGCAGUUUGAAAGUCGGUUUAGUUCCUACACGCUGUCUUAUUGUUCCGUCCUUCCUUUCACUAUUUCGCGUCUUUUUCUCUGUGAGUUUAGCUGCCAGUCGCAGGCUCACAUUUGUUGAGUCUCUCAUACGUUUCGUCCCUUUAACUGACUCCAUGGGAUGCCAGAAUACAGACUGCACCACACUGGACAAUCCUUCGAGUGGUGCAGCCAGAUGGAGCAAGAAUUCUCUAGUCCUGGGGAACACUGCCAGAUGUAAUCAGUCAGAUGUGAACUUCACAGAGGCGAUAAAACUGGAGUCUUAAGGUUAAACUCUGAUGUGUGGCUUCCAUUUUCUGCAUAAAGCGCCUCCCAGACAGACGUGACAGUCAUGAAGACGGACACUUUUAAUAUUUGGAGGGUGAGGAGUUCAACGAAGAUCCAGGAAGCGUCGUCCUGCUCCACAGAAGGGGACAUCUGGGGCGACGCUCGGCAGCAGAUGCAACGAGUCCGCUACAGCUCGGCUGCCAUAUUUCCUCUGUCAGCGUGACCACGGCGAUGGGAUUCUAAGGGAGGUGACCAGGAGCUUGGCCUCGACGCCACCGCAAUCUGCUCGGCGUUUGGGCGAACGGAGCCCGCCGCCAUAUGGACACGAGCUCCAUAAUGGCGUCAUUAACGCGCCGUGGAGAUGAGUGAUUGACGGCGGCGCUGACUGGCAGCUCCGUCAGAUUUCUAUUACCAAAGUCAGAGCCUCUACCUGGCCUGACCCUUAGGAAAUUGUUUGGUUUUUUUAUGUAAAGAAGCUUUUCCCUCCACCCUCCUUCGCCGCAAUAUUAUUGAUGCCGUUCCAGUCUCGUCUAUUCUGCUCAGUUUGAAGUACUGUCAUGGCUCAAUAUGAUUAUAUUAAGGCCUUUUUUCCUCUGCAAAGGAGACGCACUUCCUGAAAUUUGAAGCCGUAUAUACCUAGAAAUACAGCCUCCACAACUGCAAGAUGAAGGGCGACUUUGUGAAGUGCAGCUUUUGACUAAUUGGUGUUUUUGACAGCAGCUCGUGCAUUAUAAAGGACUGUUCUUCCAUUAGUAAACAGGUGGAGGAAUCUAUCAGCCUCAGUGUGAAGCAGGAAAAGCUGAUUUUUUCCCCCUCCAUUAUACAGGUUUUUCUGAGAAACUGAUGUUAAUUGUAGCAACAACAAAAAAAAAGCAUUAAAGAAGCAGUCUGAAAGUUCUGCCACUAUGAGGUCUGUCAGGCAGAACAAUAACAAAAGGCGAAGUUUGAUGAUGUCAUAAAGUAGUGAGGCAUCAUGGGAGAUGUGUGAUGGGACAAAUGAAAGCUUUACUCACGUCACAUUUUGUCACAUAUGUUCCUGCUAUGUCAUUUCAAUCUGAUAAAACAGCUGCAAGUAACAUCAAUAUGAACGGAACAUUUGCGUUCUACUGCAAAUGGAAUCUACAGGAAUCACCAAACUCUAUGAGAAUGGUUUUAAUCAACAUUAUUUAACUGUAUUUGUUUUAUAGAAUUAGAAAACAUUGUUUAAAACAUGUAAAGGUAAAGAAAGAAAUAGAAGUAAUAUGGAAUUUUUUUAAAACAAAAGAAAAACUCCAAAAUCAGUAAAAUGAUUUUUAUUUUUUAUAGUUUUAUUUUUUUGAAAUUAUAGUAUAUUCACAAUAUUUAAAUGAUCCAAAAAUCCUUUACAGAACAAAUAUGUAGAUUAAGAAUCAAAAAAUGGUGGAUUAUUGUUUUUUUUUUAGAGAUUUAAUGUUUUGUUAUAGUACUAAAAUAACAGAGAAAAUUUUAAUAGAAAAAAAGAACCAAAACUCUGAAAGAAAAUGCCCACAUUGAAAAUCUAUACGGUCACCAAUACUAAUUUAAAAUAAGCCUAAAAUGUCAUUAUUUUACAUAGAUUUGUCAAUAUCUUUAGUUUUUAAAUGUUAGUUUUCCACUGUUUUUAAGAUAUUUUUCUGGCAUAUUAGUUAGAUUGUCCCAGUUUUUUUGCUUGGAAAUGUCAGUGAGCUUGGUUCUUAUCCAUAAUAUUGCUUUUGUUAUGUCUUGUAGAGAAACGAAUUUUGGAAAUGACAAUGUAAAGACAGUGGAAGGAGAGGAAAUAAAGCUGCAUGAAGUAUGCAUCUAGUGACUGAGGCCCACAGUCUACAUCUGGUCAGACUAAAGCGCUACGAGGCAUCGUUACAAUGAAUAAAACUACAGAUUUAUCUGAGUAUUAACACUGUUGGAAACAUCUGAGAUACUGUCAGUACACAAGUCAAUAAAAUACAGAACAUUGCUAUUGUUUUUAGACAUUUAAAUGUAAAAAUGCUCAAUAAUCCACCUUUAAGCAAGGUGAUUUGACAUUUUACACAAUUCUGUAUUAAACCUAACCAGAACAUUUGAAAGGUUUCCACAGGUCUUGUUUAAAAUCAGAUUUUUUUUUCCUUCAUUUUCAACCAAACUACAUUUCAAUGCAAAAACACAACUUGAAGCGCUGUCAUGAGCAUCCAAACCAACAGGUGGUGAUGUAACUUUAACCCUAACAUCAUACUGGCCAUGAAGAAGACUCAUAAACUGCUUUUCCUGGUUCUUAAAGGAAACCAACAAAGAAUCACAUGUGGAUGGAUUCUGAUGCACCUUUUCCUUCAAGUAUUGAACAAAGAACUGCAGGUAUGUAUCAACAUGGAGUACAAACACUGUUUUUGUGUCCAUAGUUACACACAAUUGUCAAAAACAGGAGAUAAAGGGACACGUUUGGACUCUACAGAGUCAAAAACUCAAUUCUUCAAUAGAGUUUCUGAAUAUGUUUUUUUUUAAAAAAGGCUAUUUUCAGUGUCCUAAAACUGCAUUUGGUUGUGCAAAAGGCCUCAUUUUUUCAAACCUGAGUAGGUUUUUCAGCACUGACGCAGCUGUUUCUCUUCAGCGAGGACAAAAGACACAAGAUUGUGUUGCAUUGUUGGCAUUCACAGUGAAAAAUCAAGUCUCUGAACAAUGCCGAGGCUCAUUGUUAAGUGUUGAGAGUUUGAUUAGUUUCCAGUGAAAUAGGCUGAAGUUAAAUGAAAUAAAACAGUGACGGACUGUGAUUCUGGCAGCUUUUAGCGUCCGCAAGUUUUAAAUGACUUCCAGGACAUUCCUCUGGUUAAACUUCCCCAAAUUUCAUUUCCAAUAUUGGACGUACAUAUUUGCAGCUUUCAGCGUGCAGCAGUAAUACGUUUUGCACCAACAUUUAGCUGUUUAUUAGAACCACAAAUCAAUGUCUGAGCGAGUGUCUGGCUGCCGCACCUGAGCUUAUUAGACUGAAUCUGUAGUGACAAGUGGCAGAGUGAUGCUUUCAGAUGUUUACAGACGCAGAUAAAAUGAUGGAGCUGUAAUAAAUCAGAUUACUUUAGGCCGUAUACGAGGAAACAAAUAGACGCCGCAGCGAUUAGACACGGCCAAAUGGAUGUUUCUUCUCGUCGGCUCGCUGGAAAAUGGGAAAGCUUGUAAAAAAAAAAAAAAAAAACAGGACAGGAAAAUCAAUAAUACAGCAAAUAUCGGUUUGGAUUUGGAUGAUUGGAGAGUUUCUACCUGGCAGCUACUUUCCUCAAGUUUAACAGUGUUUGUCAGUUUAGUUUAUGACAGAAGCAUUUGUUUAAAAGCACUUUCUUUUUAAUAUAGGAGUGCUUAGAAGGUUUUUUUUUUUUACAUGUUUGAUCAUUUAAAUGGAGGUUAACGGGAGUAGAAAUAAAUUCGUGCUUCAUUAUAUUUACCUGAGUUCAGUUUAUGAGCAGCAGUUUCAUUUUCAGAAGAGGCUUCUUGAAAAGCAACCUAAUUUAAAGGUCUGUCUGCUAAAAAUGAGCUUCAGUCACAAUGAAAGUUAGCUUUUCGAUUCUCAUACUGAAGGAGAAAGUUUCUAUUUGCUCAACUUUGAAUCAGAGUCUGGUAUGUAUAUAAUUUUGCGACAGAACUAAGUAAUUUUGAAGACUAAUCGUGGGUCAGUGUGCAGCUGAUGCAGUGUGGAAAUAGAUUUUUCAAUGAGGAAGAUAUUGUAAAAUGUUUUAGAAUUUUUAAGUAGGAGCAGACUCUUGCAAUUUGUUUCCACUAGUUUAAUUUGCUAGUUUUAAAACGGCAAUUUCACAUUUUUUGCAGAAUUUUUUACAUACAGUUAUGUAAUAUAACUCCUCUAAUAACCUCACUUUUCUUUCCACCAUGUUUAUCAGUGUUUUUAUACAUUUUAACAUCCUUAGACACAAAAAGUACACAUGAAUUUAGACUGGAAAAUAUUUUCAGCAUUGAUCUAAUACAGCAAGUAGUAGUUUAUGAUUAGAGAUACUUACAUUACUGUGUUUUUCUGUUUCUCCAGCUGCCAGAAUAUUAGUUUUUUUGUUACUGCUGUGGUCUGUUUUUUUAAAUUCUUGUAGCUUUUUGAACUUUUACUGAACAUUGAAUUGUACUAUAGGUUUACCUAUACACAAAUAAAACAACAUUUGUGUGUUUUGUCAUAAUGAUUCAUAUUCAUUUUCAAGGAAAAGUCCUUUGUUUUGUUAAACGUGCUCUCUGGUUUUGCUACAUAGUGUUGAAAUGAUCAUACUUUUAUAAGAAUUUCUGCUUCACCAUCUCUGAUUUGCGGUAAAUGUGUGUAUAUGUAUAUUUCUGAUUUUUUUUUGCAUGAUAUAUAACAUUUUUUUUCCAAGAUAUUUUUCUUUAUCCCUUUGAUGGACAACAUGGGUCAAAAGUGACCCAAACCCAAUGGAAAACGGGUAUCAACUGACCCACGCUGCGCAUUGAAGGGUUAAAAAACCACCUGUGACCCAGUUUCAGUAUGUUUUUUUUCCUCCAUUGAAAUUUAAGGCUGUUUCAACAACAAUAUCUAAGGAACUAUAAAAAUAAAACCCUGAAGUUUUCGCUGUUACAGGGGGUCCUUGGUUCUUGACCUGCGGUGUUUCGUCAUUAUAUCGGAACUGGUUAUGGGCGGGUCAUCGGUUUACUGCGUACAGUGUUACAUCAGAACUGGUUACAUGGAACUAGUUGGUGAGCAGUGUGGAUGACUGCGUCAUCACGCAGCACUAUAAGACAGCUGUACGCCACCUUGGAUUGUGCUACAUACACUAACUUUUUGCCCUUCAUUAUGGCUCCAAGCCUUAGUCAGAAUCUUCUGAUGGAGUUUCAACUUAUGGCGAAAAUCGACUUGCUGUAUGUCGGGCCACAGGAACAAUAAGUCGAGGAUCCCUUGUAUUUCUCAUCCUGUCAUUCAUUCAGAAUCUGUAGAAUCUUGGUCGAUUGUUUAAUCCAAGUAGAGUCAUAGAGUUUGAAAGUGGUUCUACAUAUUCAUUUUUUUAUUUAAACGUAUGUCUUUGUAUGUAUGUGUAUAAAUGGAGAGUAUUUAAAUGUAUUCACAAGAUAAAAAAUCCACAAUAAAAUGGAUGAAAUAGUG